UGUGUCUACGACGUAGAUGAUUAAAGAAGUUACAUUUUAGCAUAGAAUAUUUUAAUAUUUUAUCUCAUUUAUAUUAUAUUUUUCGUAACGUUGUUAUUGUUAAUGUGUAUUGCCAAUUGUGUGUAGUGUGUACCAAGAAAAUAUGUAAUUAUUAAUGUAUUGAGUAUUUUAUUAGGUAUCACCACGGAUUAUAUCUUAGUUUGUGGGUAUCACGGAUAACCUAAGGUUGAAUUUUUUUAAUUACUUUUCAUACCACCAUAGAUAAUAUAAGAAUAUUAUAUUUUCUAUGCAUACCACGGGCCAAGAUAUCUUAGCCCGUGCUUUAUAAUCAGUACUCACAUACCUUAUACGAGAAUAAACGCUAGACACUACAUACUAAAUACAAGUUGGUGUAUUCUACAUUUAAUGUCAUGCAUUUGCAGUGUUUCCCAUUAAUAAUAUAAUUAUUUGAUAAUUUUAUAUUACACAUCGAUUUGUUGAUGUGCUCGGGAUUCGUUAGAAUACCUAUAAUCACUUAGUCUACAAUAUUGUCCAAUGUACUGAAAUAAACUUGUGGUUGGUGAAAAUAUUUGAUUGAUUUUCAAUAUGGAUAAAAAUCUCGACCAAAAUCAUGAAGAAAACCUUAAAAAAGGACAAGCAUUAUUGAAUCAUUUAGAAGAAAUGCAAUAUUCUUAUUUCUACGGACGUCCAGAAUGGAUAACCUUACAAAAAAAUGAUCUGAAAUUAUUUUUAGCAUACAUAUAUUAUGGCCAUCCGUCUCCUAGUAAUGCAAUUGUUAAAAACAAUUAUGAAGAUGAGAUUAGUUCUGAAGAGUUAUUUAAGUUAUAUACAAAUGAAAUUAAAAAGAAAAUUUUAGAUAUAUAUGAAUUUAUAGAGGAAAAAUAUAUUAAUCCUAGUCUUAUUAGUAAUAUUGAAGUGGGCAUAACUAUGACACAUAGUAUUUGCAAAAAAAAGUGCAAUAUCUGCCAAAAUUUUCCUAAAGAAGAUAUACACAAAUGGUUAUUACUAAGAUUAAAAUUGAUCAGCAACAAAUUCAUUUUUAUUGAUUUUCAAAACAGCAGAACAUACACUGGCUGGGAUGAAUACAUGGAAAAUAAUAAUCUUCCUGAAGGAUUUAUGUUCUAUCCUAAAUCAGGGUUUUAUGAUGCUUCAAAAACAUUGUAUCAAACUAUAACACCAGCUUCCAAAACAACUGAAACAAUUUUAGAAACAGUUGACAUAGCUUCAUCUAUAUCAAAUUAUGUUGGUUGUAUAACAUUGGCCUGUGGUUCUAUAUUUCUUAUAGGAUCACCUAUUGCUUUUGGAUUAAUAUUAACGGGGUCUUCAUUAAUAACAGUUUCUUCUUUGUAUCAAGUUAGUAGACAUGUUCAGAAACUAAUUGACUUGUUUAAACAUAAUAUUAAUAAAUGCGGCACACAUACCUGGAAAAGUUUGAUUGGUUUAGCGAUUUCCGCAAUUGGUGCCAUAACAGCACCAAUGUCUGCAAUAGCUGCAAUAACAUCCGAGGUGAAUUCAACUAUUCAAUCAACUGGAAAGGCUCUUACUAUUUUUCGAAAAAGUGCUUGUAUUACUCAAUGUACAUUGGAAGUCUUCCGUGCUACUCUAGAUUUCAUAGAUAACAAUUUUAAAAUAACAUGGGAUAGUGUGUUAAAACUACGUUUAGAUGUGUUCAUUGUUACAGGAGUAUUAAUGGCUCCAAGUUACAUAUCAGAUAUUUUAAAGGUAUUAGCCAUGCAAACCGUGUGGGUGCCUAUUUACAAAACCAUUGAACAAAUUCCUUACUGUUUGGGCCAAUACAUCUGGAACUCCGUUUACUUCUUCAAAAAUCAUUUUGGUAUGUUCGUGGAAAGUGUCACGAAGUUUCUUGCGGAAAACCUCACGGCGACCAAUUUGUUGUUAGCGUGGAAAACUAUUCGCUUAAUUUUUGACGGCUACCAAAACCAAACUUCCAAUCUGGACGUCAGUGGCCUGUUGUGGCACUUGGUGGACGACAUCGCUAUGCACGAAAGUGUGAAGUAUGUGUUGCGCGGCCAGCACAUGGUGGAUCUGCUGGACAAACUGCGCGUAUGCGCGCCGAAGAAACGGAUCGACCGGGUCCUGAUUAAGUAUUGCGUGGACCACGUCCUAGGGGAGGCGAAGAAGCUGUCGGAGAUGCGCGAUCAUUGUAUGGCUGAAAUAACCAGGCACGGCGAGACGCGCGCGUGGAAGGUGGACGAGGAGUUUUGCAAGUGUUACGGGCUCGAGAGGUGCGCCAUGGACCAGUACGUGCUGAGGGCUAUCAGCCAGGUGAAUGUGGCCACUCUGAUGGCCGAGUAUGAGAAGCACGCAUCCCGCCCGGAAAACAUGUUCGACAACGAAAUGGUUGUCAACGAGCGCAACAGCGCCGGUUGGUCGGCCAAGGGGUACUCGUUUGUGGCGCCGUGCAGCAUCCUGGACUUGGAAAUGUGUUUGCGGUUCGCAGUAAAGGUCAAUCCGCAGCCGCAUCAGUACCUCGAUCACAAACUCGUGCAGCCCGAACCCGGCGUGUCCCUGAUGUUCGGGGUUUCCGCUUAUUCAGUCAAUAUCGUGUUCUUCGGCAUCGACCUGGUUAAUGGCGUGCCGAAGAUGAACAUCUGCUUCUUCGAGCAAGAUCGUGAUUCGGGCUCCUCCAUCGGCAACCAAAAAGGUUUUAAGAAGUUGCAAGCGGCUUAAGUUAUUACUUUUUAGGAGAGCUCACUCUUGGUCGACGGCGUCAUCAUUGAUGCCACAUUUUUUAGAUCUGCCAAACUUAGCUGUGCCCUCACUCUCUUCUCUUGGCCAUUCAGUAGUUUUGCCGUUUUACUGGCUCUACCUGCUCGAUGAAGACUUAUCAAACACAUAAUUUAAUUUUAUAAUAACUAUAUAUUUUAAAUGUAAUUUUUAAGUGUUGAAUAUUUUUUUAAGCUUAUUGAUUUUCAAAUUUAUUUUUGCAUAAGUAUUUUAAAUUAAUUGUUGCUUUACAUAUUAAUUAAUCGGGAAUAUAAUAAAUUUAUAUGAAAAAUGUUCUCAAAUUUAUAUAUAUAUUUUUUCAACACACAAUAUUUUAUUUUACAAUAACAUUUAUUAUGUUGUUUUAUUUGUCAUGGAUGUCUGCUAUAAUCGUUUCAUAUACUGAUGGAAUUAUAAUCUCAAUCGUUGAUGUUUUAUUUUUAUAUCAACAGUAUCUGUAAAGACCAUUACCAUAAUAUUAAUACAAUAAUUAUCUAAUGAUUUAUUAUAUAUUUUAAAAAAUAUGAAAUUAAAUAUAUAGUAUUUAUUAAAAACACAUUUGUAUCCAUUAUCAUGUACUGCUGUAAAAAAAUGUUUACAAUUAAUGAUUGUUUAUUAACUUAUUUUAAUUUAAUUUUUAAAUAUUAACAUAUAACCAUGAACAUAACGCAGAAAAGGCCAAUCCCCAGCCGCAUCAGUACCUCGAUCACAAACUCGUGCAGCACAAAACCGGCGUGUCCUGAUGUUCGGGGUUCCCGCUUAUUCGGUCAAUAUCGUGUUCUUCGCCAUCAACCUGAUCAACGGCGUGCCGAAGAUGAACAUCUGCUUCUUCAAGUAAAAUCGUGAUUUGGACUCAUCCAUCGUCAACCACGAGGUUUUAGGAAGUUGUUAGCGGCUUAAGUUAUUACUUUUUAGAAGGGCUCGCUCCUGGCCGACAGCAUCAUUAUCGCUGCCACAUUUCUUAGAUCUGCCAAAUUUGCCCUCACUCUUCUCUCGGCCAUUUAGUAGUCUUGUCUUUUUACUGGCUCUACCUACUCGACGAAAACUGAUCAAACACAUAAUUUAAUUUUAUAAAAACUAUUUAUUGUUAACGUAAUUUUUAAGUGUAAAAUAUCGUUUUUAAUCUUUUUGAUUUUCAAUAAUUAUUUUGCAUACCUAUUAUAAAUUGACCAUUGCUUUACAUUUUAAUUUGCUGGGAGUAUAAUAAAUUUACAUAAGAAAUGUUCUCAAAUUUAUAAAUAUAUUUUUUUAACACACAAUAUUUUAUUUUAUAAUAACAUUUAUUAUGUUGCUUUAUUUGUCAUGGAUGUAUGCUAUAACCAUUUUUUAUACUGGUGGAAUUAUAAUCUCUAUCAUUGAUGUGUUUUAUUUUUAUCAACAGUAUCUGUAUAGAACAUAGACCUAUAAACUAAUGGAAGCGCCAUUAUCAUAAUAUAUUAUACAAUAAUUAUCUAAUGAUUUAUUAUAUUUUUUUAAAAAUAUGAAAUUAAAUGUUAGUAAUAAAUAUAUAGUAUGUAUUUAAAA